UCUACGCUGUGGUGGUGAACCGUGAGACUCGACCCUCCGCGACCGGAGACAGAGAACUGAGAUAACAACAACAACAACACAUUAUUCUAUAUGGAUCUGAGCCGAGUGAGAGGCAAAGAGGAGCGGCAGAGCCCGGCAGCGCGGACCCGUAGAAGAGGAGAGAGGAGAGGCUUCCAGUGAGGUGAAUGUUGACGACACCGUUGAAAUGUUACCCAAAUCCAGAAGAGCUCUCACCAUCCAGGAGAUCGCCGCGUUGGCGCGGUCCUCCCUCCACGGUAUCUCCCAGGUGGUGAAGGACCACGUGACGAAGCCCACCGCCAUGGCUCAGGGCCGCGUGGCCCGCCUGAUCGAGUGGAAGGGCUGGUCCAAGCCCACGGACGCUCCGGCGGCGCCGCAGUCCGACUUGAACUCGUACUCGGACCUCACCGAGGGGGAGCAGGAGGCCCGCUUCGCCGCCGGCGUGGCGGAGCAGUUCGCCAUCGCGGAGGCGAAGCUGAGGGCCUGGUCGUCUGUGGACGGCGACGAGUCCAACGACGACUCAUACGACGAGGACUCUCUGCAUGCCAACGAGCCCAACACACAGAGCACAGAUGUCUCGUCUUAUCCGCCCUACUUGAAGGACCUGAUCCACAGCCAGCUCUGCCACCACCUGGGCCUCAUAGGGCCCUGCUGCGAGGGUGGAGGAGGAAGAGGAGGAGGAGGAGGAGGAGGUGGCAGCGGAGAGCCCUCACCAACCUCCCCGGACACCCUGUGCUCCAGCCUGUGCAGCCUGGACGAGCACCACCCGCUGCUGCGCGGCCCCCCCCACCCCCACCGCGGCGGCGGGAGCCACUCCUACGGCAACGCCGCCGAGCUCGCCGCCAAGAUCCUGUCGGCGCUGCAGGGCGGCGAGGAGCUGCUGCUGGCCCGGCUGCAGCGGGCGGGGCGCGGAGGCGCGGCCUCCGCCGCCGGCGACAGCGGCUUCCACAGCCUGGGCGGCGGCGGCGUGGGGGGGCGGGGCAUCCGGCCCUGCGGGGGUCAGGACUCGCCGUGCUACUCCGUGUCGUACUCUGACACGUGCCUGUCGCCCGGCGACGACGACGACGACCCGUGCAAGGACUACGAGAGCGGCGUGGGCCCGGCGGAGGGCGGCGGGCCGGAGUACGACCCCCGCAGGAGGGUCUCCGACGUGGCGUCCUCCGGGAUCGUGUCUCUGGACGAGGAGGAGGAGGAAGAGGAGGAGGAGGGCAGAGGGCAGGAGAGCCAAUCAACAGUGUUUAACCCCUCCGAGCUCUUCGGUGGGGUUUCUCUUUUAUUCUAUUUUUUUUGCAACCCCCCCCCCUUCUCGUUGAACUGCCGCGCAUGCCCCUCCCCCUCCCUCUGA